AUAUUGCAAUCACUAAGAAAUAAGAGAUACGACGAAGACUACCAACUGACAUGCUUCUAAACUGAAGAUCUCUGAAUAUCCAGCAAAUUAUUUAACAUUUCUGCUUACAUCAGUUUGUUAUUAUCAGAUCUGCCUUUUAACUAAGAGGAAUCUUAUAAUUUAAACUGAACAACACUACAAACUGAACAACUACAUGUCGAAGGCACUCGCAGCAGCUCUUCAAGAAUGGAAGACUCAGGAGAAAGAAUUUCAGCAGCUUCAGGAGACCCAUCGGCUUUACCUGCAGAAAUUAGAGGAAGUGUCCAAACUUCAGAAAAGCUUUGCUGCCUCUUUGGCACGACAGAAAAAGAAUUUAAAGGAGAAUUUAAAAUCUUUGAUUAAACUCAAUAAAGGCCUGACAGAAGAGGAGAGCAAUGCAGUAAAGGAGGCCAAAGAUCACAUCCGAAAUAUGCCAAGCCAGAUCUUUCAAAUGGAAGCAUUUCUUCCAAAGAAGAAUGGGAUUUAUCUCAGCCUUGUCCUUGGGAGCGUGAAUGUUAACCUUCCUAGCAAAGAUGCCAAAGCUGAAUACAAAGAUGAGUAUGAGCGGUUUAAACUGUAUGUGACGGUGACUCACUUCCUGCUCACCUUCAUCUGCUGCUUCUUCGUCAACUACAGAUUCUUGGACGCUCUUCUCAACUUCCUGCUGGUUUGGUAUUACUGCACACUGACCAUCCGUGAAAGCAUCCUCAUCAGCAAUGGAUCCAGGAUUAAAGGUUGGUGGGUUUUCCACCACUACAUUUCCACCUUUCUGUCUGGAGUCAUGCUAACCUGUGAGACUAUUUAUUUCAGACAGUU